AUGACAGAGAAGUUAAAAGAAUCACUCUCUAUAGACACUGAUGAGAUGGACAAAUAUGAGAGGUAUUGCCGUCAGGGAAAGGAGGCGGCACGUCAGGGCGAUUUAUCCAAAUCGUUGGAGCUGUUCUGCAAGGCCUGUGAGAUUCGGCCCAGUGACAAACUGAAAAGAAGGAUACAGACGCUGCAGGAGGCCAUUCGGCAGCAGGCUGCCGGCUCGUCGGACGAGGAAGAGGAGGAGGAAGAGUUUGUAAACGUAAACAACAGCGGUUUGAUGCUGUAUAAGGAGCUCUAUGACAAACUCUAUGAUCAUCAGAAAGAGGGCGUGGCCUUCCUGUACAGCCUGUAUCGUGAUGGGAGGAAAGGCGGAAUCCUGGCAGACGACAUGGGUCUGGGGAAAACCAUUCAGGUCAUUUCUUUCCUGUCAGGAAUGUAUGAUGCCGAGCUGGUCAAAAACACGCUGCUAAUCAUGCCCACCUCGCUCAUUAAAAACUGGGUGCGAGAGUUCGCCAAGUGGACUCCAGGAAUGAGGGUCAAAGAGUUCCACGGCACCAGCAAGGCCGAGCGAAACCGGAACCUGGAGCGGAUCCAGCGCCGGGGCGGAGUCCUCAUCACGACAUAUCAGAUGCUGAUCAACAAUUGGCAGCAGCUGGCAUCAUAUGGUGAACAGGAGUUCCGCUGGGAUUACGUCAUCCUGGAUGAGGCGCAUAAGAUCAAGACCUCGUCGACCAAGACGGCAAAGAGUGCCCACUGCAUCCCGGCCAAGCACCGGGUACUGCUCACCGGCACGCCCGUCCAGAACAACCUACGCGAGAUGUGGGCGUUGUUUGACUUCGCUUGCCAGGGUGCGCUGCUUGGCACUUCCAAAACCUUCAAAACGGAGUAUGAGAACCCGAUCACACGGGCACGAGAGAAGGACGCCACGCCAGGGGAGAAAGCCUUGGGACUUAAAAUCUCUGAGAAUCUCAUGAACAUUAUCAGCCCAUACUUCCUCAGGAGGACAAAAGCUGAGGUGCAGAACAGAAAACACAAAGAGGACAAUAGAGACUUUGAAACAGUAGAUAAGGAGAAUAAAGACCCUAACCAGGGAAUGAGUCUGGAAAUGCCAAAACUGUCGAGAAAGAACGACUUCAUUGUGUGGACGUAUCUCAGUUCGGUCCAGGAACACAUUUAUAAUCAGUUCAUCUCUCUAGACCACAUUAAAGAGUUACUGAUGACCACACGUUCUCCACUGGCUGAGCUCACAGUCCUCAAGAAGCUCUGUGACCAUCCCAGACUCCUCUCUGCUAGGGCCGUCACUCAACUGGGCCUGGAAGAGGGGUCUAACAGUGCUGCUCUGGAAGACGAAAGCGAAUCCGCAGCCAGCCGCAUCGAUAACAUCUCGGAUGAGACGCUGAUCUCCGAAUCAGGAAAACUGCGGUUCCUGAUAUCUCUACUUGACCGCUUGAGGGAGGAAGGGAAACGCACACUCGUCUUCUCCCAGUCCAGGAAAAUGCUGGACAUCAUCGAGCGUGUCCUGGUCAACAAAGGCUUCAAGUUGCUGCGUAUCGAUGGAACAGUCACUCAUCUGGCGGAGAGAGAGAAACGGAUAACGCAAUUCCAGACGAACAAACACUUCUCCGUCUUCCUCCUCACCACACAGGUGGGCGGAGUCGGCAUCACGCUGACCGCGGCUAACAGGGUCGUGAUCUUUGACCCGAGUUGGAACCCUGCAACGGAUGCCCAGGCGGUGGACAGAGCUUACCGCAUUGGCCAAACAGAGAACGUUGUGAUUUACCGCCUCAUCACAUGUGGGACUGUGGAGGAGAAAAUCUACCGACGACAGGUGUUCAAAGACUCCCUUAUUAGACAGACGACGGGCGACAAGAAAAACCCAUUUCGGUAUUUCAGCAAGCAAGAGCUAAAGGAGCUUUUUACCCUGGAGGACACUCGCUCGUCCUCAACACAGCAGCAGCUGCAGGCCCUGCACGGAUGCAGCCGAAAAUCAGACCUCUCACUGGACCAACACAUUGCCUACCUUCACACCAUGGAGAUGUUUGGGCUCUCUGACCACGACCUGAUGUUCUCACGGGACGCGGCUGCGGACGAGGACGAUCCUGAAGACGUCGAGGCUGGCCUGUACAUCCAAAACCGCGUCCUCAAGGCCCAGGAGCUUGUGAAGGCAGAGUCAGAGCUGCAUGGACAACUGAUGGACAGCAUGGCUCAGAAUACUGAGCCAGCCUGGCUGAGGUUGUCCAAUCAGAGAGGCUCACAGGGUUCCACAGAGAAGGAGCCCCGCCCACAUAAACCCAAACCUAAACCGAGUCCCCUAUCCCCACACUACAGUGGCCAAAGCAUCUGCCCAAUUGCUGUGGUGGAUCUAACCCAAUCUGGCUCCGAGGACCGUGCACAGAGCGAGGAGGAUCGGAAUUACCUCUCUUCCUCUGAGGAGGUCCAGAUAAUCGAUGAGAAUGAAGAGAUGAACAUGAAGAAUGAGUCUUUGCUCUCAAAUGAGGGGAUUGCAGACUCAUCCGUUCAGGAGAUGGUGGCAAACACAGAGGCAGACACAUCAAGAUCCAGUGAUCCAGGUGUACUGGUCGUGGAGGAUAACUUAAACCUGGAAGAUGAAUGCUCCAGCUAUGCUUCUGAAAAGCAACAGAAUGACCAGCCGCUCCUUAAGGUAGAGAAUUCAUCCAUUCACACAGAACGUCUCGAGAAUGAGGAUGAGAAUGAUUCAGCUGUACAGUCUCUCAAACACCCAAAACUGUCUAUUCUACAAAUGUCCGCCCUUAGCCAAGGAAGUCAUGCAGAUACAUCAUCAAAACUUGACGCUGACUUGGAGUCUUUCCAUGGUAACUUCAACUUACAGCUGGAGGACAGUAUCGAUAUGUUCCAAGACGGGAAGGAAGACGAGGAUGAAGAGGCUGAAGUGUCGGCUGGAAAUGCGGAAUUCCAGCUGCAGAUGGAGGUCAGUGGAACAGGGCUUGGAGAUGAUGAGGAGGAAGAGCAGAGUUUCGGGAACACUCCUGCCCCGCAAACCCCAGGGGACGAUUCAUUCCUGCAUUCGGUCAGGAGGAAGAAGAAAAAAGCCCAUGUGUUGUGUGACACUGAUGAAGAGGAAGAGGCAGGACAGGAAGAGGAGAGACCGUGUCUCGCCAGCAGUCCACUGGUUCACAGCUUUGUAGGACUUGGUUCAUCCACGCCAAAAUCUCGCAUGCCUGAUGUGAUUUCCCGCAGGAAGAGUGUUGGGGGGAACACGUCUGUGGCAUCCCGACGGUCCCUCAUCGAAUCCGUCAUGGAGGACCUGGAUGAGGAGAUGUACGAGUCCACAAGCAGUUCUGUUUUCAAGCUCAGUCAAGCAUCUGAAGCCAGCGGAACCCAAGGUGACCUCUCGGUAAUGGAGGAGGAGGAGCCCAGUGGAGAAACGCUGAACACUGAAAAUGAAUAUGAGACCGCAGAGGAGGAGGAGAGCAAAAUGAUGAGUACAUCUGAAAAAGGGAUGAGCAGAGAGUGGGAAGAGGAGGAGGGAGAUGAGGAAGAAGAGAGCCCUCUAGAGGAGUCCACUGGAGAUGUGGAGCUAUCCUCCAGUGAGACCAUGGACCAGUGCGCCCCUAAAGCACGUUCCCCAGAAGAACAUGUUGUAAACUCUGGUUCUACAAAUGGUUCUGCUGUGCCGGAGUCACCUGCCGUGUCCGAGGAGGAAGCGUUCAAUUCGCUGGUACAGUCUGGAAAACAGUGCCUGGCUGAGGGAAAAAAACAGGAGGCCUUGAAUAUGUUUUUGAGUGCUAUUGACAUUCGUAGCGGAGAUCCUGAGCUCCAACUGCUCACUAUUCAGCUCUACCGCCAACUUAGCCAGCAGAACAACCCUUGA